ACUCCACAGCUACCAUCUUUGUUUUCAUUGCUGCUCUUACUACCCACCACACAUGAAUAGUAAUUAUACCAAUUUGGUAACUAUUUUUAUUGUUCCAGUUUUGGGAGGAAUCACGGUCACAGUAGCAAUUCUAGGAGUGAUGCUAUUUAAAAGAAAAUUGAUGAGUAGCCAUGGACUAAUCCUCGGGGUUUGGAUGUUCGUCUGGCUUUUCAGUCACGCUUGGGAAGCGACUAACGUUUCAGAUGUGACAGGUUAUCCUAAUACAUCGACUACUGAACGUGUCAUUUGUCGAACGUUAGUCGCUUCCCAUAUCGUGGUCAACGUAUUAGGACUUGGAUAUUGGUCAAUUUUAGGUGUCAUGGAAUAUUGUAGGAAUGGGGAAAACAGCAAAUUGGUAGUGUUCGAGAUUGGAGCUUGGUUUGCCAUGUUUGUCAUGAGUUGCGUUGAAGUUUAUGUGGUGAAGAUGGUUGGGGAAAGACAAUAUGGUCGAGUAUCUCAUUGGUAUAUAGUGGGGAUAUCUUUUAUUUGCAUGGCAGAGAAUAGAUGGAGAACCAAUAAGGGUGGUGGAGAAGUCAUCGCAGAGGAUGAUCUGUUGCUGAAAUCACAACUUAUUGGCAAAAUGGAGGAAGCUUUUGAUGAAGUCAAAAGACAUUGUAUGGAAGACUCCAAAAAAUUAAAUUGAUGUUACAUGGUUCAGUUUGUGGAUGAGAAAUUAAUCAAAAAAGUUGUAUAAUAAUCUUUUAAUUUGUAUAUCCAACUUUUAUUAAAUUUGAAUUUUACUUUUGGGAUUUUAUAAAACUGUUAAUGUAGUUUAUGAACAUGUAAAUUUGAUUUACUAAAAAAAUAAUCACUCACAAGGAUCAGAUAACUU